AUGAAAAAAUUAAUAACAGCGAAGAAAAUAGUGAACAUUGAACAACCAAAUGAAUUAUUGAUUAAGAUUAACGCAUCGGCGGUGAAUCCGAGCGAUUACAAGAAUGUCGAAGGCCUCUUUCCAUUUACCACUACCCCUCGUGUACCAGGACGCGAUUUCUGUGGUACGGUUGUAGAUGGACCGCCAGAGUGGAUGGGAAAAGUAGUAAUUGGAACUGGAGGGAAGAAUGGAUUUAUCGAAGAUGGGUCACAUGCAGAAUACAUUACUGCGCAGCCAGAUGCG